AUGCUUUCGGGCCACUUCCUUCUGCUGCUCCUUCUCCUGGGCUCCAGUGCAGGCCAUGCUCCCCAUUUCCUACAGCAGCCUGAAGACCUGGAGGUUGUCCUGGGGGAGGAGGCCACGCUCCCCUGUGUCCUCAGCGGCUAUCAUGGUUUGGUUCAAUGGACAAAAGAUGGACUAGCCCUGGGGGGUGAACGGGAUCUGCCUGGGUGGUCCCGGUACUGGAUCUCUGGAGACAGGGCCACUGGCCACCAUGACCUGCACAUCGGGGCAGCUGAACUGGGCGACGAAGCAUCCUACGAGUGUCAGGCCACCCAGGCCGCUCUUCGCUCCCGACCGGCUCGGCUCCAGGUACUUGUUCCCCCAGAAGCACCUGAAGUGUUAGGGGCUCCAACGGUGGCUCUGGUCGCUGGGGUUCCUGGGAAUCUGACCUGCCGGACCCGAGGUGGAGCUCGACCGAUGCCUGAGCUGCUCUGGUUUCGGGAUGGGGUCCGUCUGGAAGGAGCCACUUACAGCCAGACUCUGCUGCCCAGUGGGAUCCUGGGAGCAGUGGAGAGCUCUCUCUCAAUCACUCCCUCUGCCCAGGAUGACGGUGCCUCUUUCAUCUGCCAGGCCCGAAGCCCAGCCUUGCCCAGGGGGAAAGACACUAAGGUCACCCUCAGCCUGCAGUAUCCCCCAGUGGUGACCCUUUCUGCUGAGCCACAGACUGUGCCCGAGGGUGGGAAGGUCACAUUUCUGUGCAGAGCAACAGCCCACCCCCCAGUCAUUGGCUACAGGUGGGCAAAAGGGGGAUCUGUGCUGCCUGGAGCUCGAGGGCCCCUUUUAGAGGUGAAAGCUGAUGCUUCCUUCCUGACUGAACCUGUGUCCUGUGAGGCUACCAAUGCCGUGGGCAGCACCAAUCGGAGCACAGCAUUGGAUGUGCAGUUCGGUCCUCUCCUCCUUUCUCCGCCUGAGCCACUGGCGGUGGAUGUGGGGGAAGACGCCUCCUUCACCUGCACCUGGAAGGGAAACCCACCCCCACGAGUAACCUGGGUCCGUCAUGGGGGGUCGAAGAUCCUCAGUUCUGGGCCCACCUUGCGUCUGGUGUCCGUGGGGCCCGGAGACUCGGGAAGCUACCAGUGUCGGGUGGAGCCAGGACCUUCAGGAAUGGGGGGCGGCCUGGGGGAGGCCACCUUGACUGUGCACGGCCCCCCGGCAGUGACUGCCCUGCACUCGCCUCCUGCUGCCCUGGGAGCCCCGGCCCGGCUGGAGUGCCUUGUGCUCGGAUCUCCAGCCCCUGAUGCAGUGGUCUGGUCCUGGGGCGAGGGCGACCUGGCCUCAGGCUCUCGAGGCCGCUUCCUGGUGGAGACGGUCCCUGCCCCGGGGGCUGCCGGGAGUGGGCCGCGGGGGCUGCUCUCGGUGCUGCACAUCUCAGGGACUCGGGAAGCAGACUUCGCCAGAGACUUCAACUGUAGCGCUCGGAACCGGCUGGGCGAGGCCGGCGCCAGAUCCGGGCUGACCCGCAGUGACCCCCUGCCCCUGGUGCGCCUCGUGGCCGGAGUGGCUGCCGCAGCCACCGCCUUCCUGUUGCUGCUCAUCGCGGGGGGCGCCCACUGCUGCUGGCGCCGAGCUCGAGGUCAGUCCAGGAUCUCUAAGCGGGACAUCCUAGUGCAAAUCACCGACAGCGAUGGUUCCAGCCCUCGGGCCCCGGAGGAAGAGGACGAGGGGAGCCGGGAAGACCGGGUCUCCAGCAGCGAGUCCCCCGGCACUGCCCACACCAAGCAGAGCGACCUGGAGGCCGAGGAGGAGGCGGGGCCCGAGGCCAAGGAUCCCACUAACGGCUACUAUAAAGUUCGAUGUGCCGUCGGGAGCCAGGACCCCGGACCUGCCCUGUUCUCCUCGCCAGCGUCCCCUGUCUUCCCUGCCAGCCCCUCUGGACUCUAUGACCUGGCCCCUCACCUGGCCUUAUUCCCCCCGGACCUAGGGGGCCUCUACCUGCCCCGGGAGGGCUACCUCACCACUCCAUACACCCGGGCGUUCAGCAGCUAUGUCAGAUCCACCCCGUAUGGGGCCCCUGAGCCAGCCCCUGGGGCGCCCCCCUUUUCCUACACUGUCCUCCCAGUUCCUGGCCACCAGCGCCUUCAAACCCACGUGUGACCUGCUGCUCAGCCCGCCAGCCAAGGGAAGGCCUCUGGAAAGUCUCCAGUCUUCUUGGGUGAUGAACUGGGCCACCAAGAUUCCCCCCUCAAGAGAGCAAACCAAGUCUGGGAAUGGGGAGGGAGGAGGGGAAAGACUUUGAUGGACAGCUGACCCAGCAAAUGGGAAAGGCUCAAGCCAAACCACGCCAACAGGUCACUCCAGUCGAGAGAAUUCAAAGUGGCAGGUGGGCUAGGACGGAACCCUGGUAUACAGGGGACGGCAUCGAGGAUGGCAUCGAGGGCACAGAUAUCCAAAAGCAGAGCCAGGAUGGCAUGAAGACCGAGACUGCCUGGUGGGUGCUCAGUCUCAUAGAAACGUGCCAACAUGGCUUGGUGGGCCCAAGGUGGCCACCUCACCUGCGGGGGAGGAGGGCACCUGGGGUGCGUUUCUCCAAGUGGCCCCAUUGCCGAGGCAAAUACGAAUUGGGAAAUGUGGGGUAGA